AUGUGCUUAAAUUUGUUUACCCCAGGUGAAAAGAACAUGGCUCCUGAGAACUUGCCAGUGGGGAUUUUGUUCUUUUCUCAAACAGCUGUAGGGAUCCUUGGUAACUGGUCAAUUCUUCUUCAUUAUGUCAUGUCUAUAAUCACUGGAAAAAGUUUGAUGCCCAAAGACCAGAUUUUAAAGCAUCUGACUUUAGCCAAUUCCUUGGUUAUUAUCUCAAGAGUAACACCUCACAUAAUGGUACAACUGGGGUUGCAGUAUCUCCUGGAUGACCUCUUAUGUAAACUUACUCUCUACAGCAAUCGAGUGUCCCGGGGCAUUUCCUUGCACUGCACCUGCCUCUUGAGUUGUUUCCAAGCAAUCACAAUCAACCUGAGCCACUCCAGGCUGAUGACACUUACACACUUUGUCUCAAAAUACAUGAUUCAGUUCUGUUCUAUAAGCUGGCUUCUACAUCUGCUUCUAAACAUCAAGACAGCUGUAGAUGUGAUUGGACCAAAUACUAUAAAAAAUGUCACCAGGAAAAUCAUGUUGGGAUACUGUUCAGCAUUUGCUUUUGGCAAUGGUGUUACUGGCCUACAUUUGUUCUUUGUUUGUUUCACUGAUGGCCUGUGUUUGAGCAUCAUGGUAUGGGCCAGUAUCUUUAUGGUGAAGAUUCUCUAUAGGCACAAGAGUCAGCUACAUUACAUUCACAGUGCCCACCAUCUCCUCAGAGUCUCCCCUGAAGACCGAGCCACAAAAACCAUCUUGAUCCUUGUGUGUACCUUUGUCCUCUCCUACUCAAUGUCCUUCAUACUCAUUAUAUAUACUGUGGUUUUUGACAAUCCAAGGCUGUGGAUAAUAAACAUAUUUACAUUCCUAGACACAUGCUUUCCCACAUUUUGUCCCUUCAUCCUUAUCAGUAAUAACCAAUCUACUCCCAAGAAUCCUUUAUCCUGCUGUAGUAGAAGGAUAUUUAUAAUGGUCACUUGUGUGUUAUGUUAA